AGGGCCCAGCGGCGGCCCUGCAGAAGGAGUUCGAUGAACUCCAGGAGCACAUCAAGCAGAGCAAACAUGAGCUGCUCUUGUCAUUAGCAGACUUCGAAAACCACAAGAAGCGCUUUGUAAAGGAGCGUGAGGAUAGGAGGAGAAGUGCCAUGGCGCACUUCACGACCAAGAUGAUCCAGGUGUAUGGGAAGUUUGAUAGCUUCGCCGCAGAGAAGCACGACAAAGGCACUGCGGAGGCCUUGCAUCAAGGAGUGGCACUGACCCGAGACUUGUACAAGGCAUCCUUCGAGAGAUUUGGCGUGCAGCCGAUCAAGGUCGAGAUUGGCGACCCGUUCGUGGCGGCCCGCCACAUCAAAGCUGGCACAGUGGAACGUGCCGACCUGCCCACCAAUUCCGUGGCGGAGGUCCUGCAGCCAGGUUGGAUCCUGGAUCCCGACAGCCCCAAGCCUGUUGUGCUUCAGAAGACCGAAGUUCGAGUCGCUGAACACGGACCCCCGGCGCCCUGAGGGCUGAGGGGCUUGCCCUUUCGGCGCGAGCCUGGCGCGAGCCGGGCGUGCCGUGGGGUUCCAAAUGCGAGUUUUCUUUCG